GGUAGAGUCUGUCACCGGCAUCCUCUCGGCUGGUAGGCAUCACGUGACAGCCUCCUAGUCAUCUUUACUUUCAAGUAGGACAAUCAUGACCGUAAGAGCGUGUGGCCUGAUUAUCUUCAGGAAACUGCGUGAGGCGUCGACACCGCCAUCUUCUGCCGCCACCGUUGGGAACAAUAUCGAGUACCUCCUCUUGCAGACAUCAUAUGGGACUCAUCACUGGACUCCUCCAAAAGGUCAUGUCGACCCAGGAGAAGACGACCUACAGACAGCCCUCCGGGAGACCCAGGAGGAAGCGGGGCUGGACGCCAGCCAGUUCACCGUCCUAGAAGGCUUUAAGAAGGAACUGAACUAUACCGUUCGAGGCAAGCCCAAAACGGUCAUCUACUGGCUGGCGGAAAUGAAAGACAACCACGCGGAGAUCCGACUCUCUUCAGAGCACCAGGCCUUUCGCUGGCUGGCCCUCAAGGAGGCCUGUGAGCUCUCUGGGUAUCAGGACAUGCAGGCCGCAAUACGGGAGGCCGAUCAGUUUCUCUGUUCCCGGGCGUGAACGCCCUGCAGGGAUCAGAGGAGGUGUUUUCGAGGAGACUCGGGCUGCUAAU